GGGCCACGGUGUGUCGUGCAGUCGCUCCGCGUCCACAGUCAUUUCGGUAGUGUUUUUGUUGUGUGUCCCCCUGGCUAGGCCAAUGCUAGGCGGGCUUGACGCUGGAGCGCUCGACCCGACCCGAGUCAGUCCGUUGGUGAUCGCGUUCGCAGCUGGUCGACGUAACUCGUGGUCUGUGGUUGGCGUGUCUCAUCCGAAACGCAUCAAUCUGAGCUGAACAGCUCUUCAUAAUCGACCGUCCGCCGUCGGUUGCACCUUAAUUGAUCGAUUGCCGUUGGCGGGACAGGAUCAUCGGUGUGGUCGUCUUCGUGGCGAACAAGUAGUCGCUGGAUAGUGAGAGUGAUUUGGUACGAUCAGUAAUACCGAGAGAUUACGCGCGGCCCGUAGCGUGGUUGUAGAUCUUGUCGCGUGAGGAGAGUGAAAAGAAGGCUAAACGACGACGCGGAAUUUUCUUUGGUGUGUUUUUUUUUGUUUCAUUUUUUGAAAUCGCGUGUCCGUACAGCUGAACCGAGACAGGCAGUCCGCAGUGGGUCAUUUCUUGGCCUGGUCUGGACCGACGAGAGGGGAGGUGAUAAUAAAUAUUACGUAAGGAAGUGAGCCGAAAUUCGGUCGGCCAAGUCUGCAAAUGAGAGAAAGAGCAGAUGAAGGUGAACCGCGAUAAAGAGAGGUGAAACAAUAUCUCCCAAAAAAAAAGAAGGUGUAUUACUCAAUGAAAGAAGCCUGUUCCGGCUGGUCCACAUAUCGGUUCAAGAAGUGGUGGCCACGAGGGUGUUUCCCAAGCCUGUGCCAGUGAAAAUGUGCAACUGAGCGACGGAUUAUGCGUUGCCAACAGUGAGUGUGAGUGUGUGAUUCAUCUGUGCUGCAUCGGAGAGUGCAAGAGAGUGCAUCGAAAGAAGAUCAACGCGCGAAAAGUAGGUGAACGUCGACGGUGGUUUUGGAUCAAUUAGUGAAGAAACAAGCGGCAGCUGAAGAAAGAAGCAAGUGCAAUCAUGGUCUCAACCAGGCUAGCGAUCGUGACGGUUGUCGUCCUGGUCGUUGUAGCUACGACGGCAACCUCCGUCAACGGAACCAAUUACCGUCGGUUGGCCCCACAGCCGACGCCACCCCGGAAUGAAACCGGCUGCGGGGGCAAGUUCUGUGGCCAUCAGAAGAAGACCAAGGGCGCCCAAAGUGGGGCCGGGAUGAUUCUGGGUGGGACCAGGGCGUUGCGCAGUAAGGAGAUCCUCCAGCACACCUCGGUCAUCUACGGGUUGAUUUCGAUCGCCGAGCCGGGUGAGCUGUCGGAACUGUGCUACGACGAGCUGCAGCAGAUCUACGAAGGGAUUCAGCAGAAGGAGAUUUGGGCGCUGAAAGUGCUGGAUGCUUCCGGCGUCCAAGAACCCGGCUUCAUCUGGGGCCACAACCACUGGAUAGGCUCGGAAAAGGGCUGCGAGGCGGCCCGGGAACCGCUGUCCAUCACCGUAUCGGACCGGUACCGGCGUGUCAUGAAGCCGAACCUGGUGGCCGCGAUGGCCCCGUUUGACGUCGGCUACCGGAUGGUCUACGCCCGGCACCAGUCCGCGUGGCAGAUCGAGAUGAAGUUCCAGAGUGAGAACGUCCUGCACAUUGGAGUUUGCGUGCCGCGGUCCUGCUCCAACGGGGAGCUGUUCAAUUUGACCGAGCGGUACUUUGACGAGGGGAUCGUGCAGGCGCAGGACAUCUUCGAGUUUCAGCCGAAUGUGCUGCAGGUGAAGGAUUUGCAGCUGGGAGAUCACUUUUGGUUUAAGCCGAGUGUUUUUAUCAUUGGGCUUUCCCUCGCCACCACAGUACUAAUGGUGUUUUUGGCGCAAUCGCGUGAACAAAAGAAGACUGAAACCAAAGACAACAAGCAGCCGCAACUCUACACCAGCUACAGCCCAUUGCCAAACAACGGCGGAGAAAGGUCCUCCAACGGCAUCGGCACCGGCCUCGCUCACAACAACAACAACGCCGCCGACGCCGACGACCAGAUGAAGGAGACCUUGAAGAGACCGGCGACCGUGGUGGCGCCGGCAGCUGUGGCCGUGAAAGUGUCCUCGUUCACGGACAAGGUCAUCGACAGCUUCAACGUGCGCAAAAACCUGGCCAGCGUGUUCCGCACCGACAUUGGCCCACAGGCGCUGCCCGUGAUCUGCGGAAUCAAGUCCAUUUCCUGCUUUUUGAUACUGUGCUUCCACAUGCAGUGGUACACGUUCUUCUCGAUCCACAACUCGGGCGUGAUGUUCCACUACGCCGAGCAGAUCCGCUACCAGCUGGUCAGCAAUGCACCGCUGCUGGUGGACGUGUUCUUCGCCAUCAGUGGCUUUCUGGUGGCGUACAACUUUGUCCGGAAUCGGGACAAGGUGCAGGAGAUUAAGGCGAACGGAGGCUGGCAGAACGCGAAGCUGUACGGAAAGAUGCUGCUGCAUCGGUAUUUGAGGCUGUCCCCGCUGUACCUGCUGAUCUCGACGAUCGGCGAACUGAUGACCAGCUACAUCGUCGACACGUCCAAGUUCUUCGUGCACGAGCGCAGUGACCUCACCUGCCAACGGUACUGGUGGCGCAACGUGCUCUACAUCCAAAAUCUCUACAACGUCGACGAGCUCUGCCUCAACUGGACCUGGUCAUUGGCCUGCGAGAUGCAGUAUUACAUCAUCUCCACCGCGCUGCUCUUCGUCUACGCAAAGAACGCCAAACUGGGCAAGUGGGUCUACCAGGCGGCCGCCGUGGCAACGCUGGUGUUCAACCUGACCAUCACGCUGAUGCACCACUUUGUGCCAUCGUACGACGUGCUGUACAACACCGCCAGCCAUCUGUACAUUGCCCCGUGGGCCCGGAUGUCCCCGUACAUAGUGGGGGUGUACUUUGGCUGGCUCCUGGCGGCCACCCGCGGCAAACUGGACGUCACUAAGGAACAAUAUCGCAAGUACUGGGUGCUGGCCUGCGUGGCGAUAACGGUAAGCAUGCACUGCACCAUCAAGCGGAACUUCCCGUUCCCGCUGGCGUCCAUCGUGAUGGUGUUGGUCCGGUUGUUUGUGGCUUGGGCAACGUGCUGGACCAUUGUUGCCACUGCCACUGGCUACACGAACAACAUAAUCCGGUUCCUCUCGUCCCGGUUCUUCAUCCACAUCAACAAGCUGACGUACGGCAUCUACCUGCUGAACCCGCUGAUCAUCACGGCCAUUUUCGGCGGCUCCGACGGCAGCAUCUCGGCGGAUCCCGUCCUGGCGAUGGUGAUGGCCCUCGGGGUGACGGUGCUUUCGUACGUGGCCGCGGUCACUUUUACGGUGCUGUUCGAGAUUCCGUACUGCCGGAUUUCGAGCGAAAUUCUAAAGCUGAAGAAGAAGCCCCCAACGACGACGACGAUGACCACGGCAGUGUCUUCCGGUGAGACCCCGGCCAAGAAGGUUGACUGAAGAAGGCCCGGCGAAUCGCACUUUCGGGGUUUCCUGCUCGGGAAGGAAAACGUGUCCCUUUUUGAUAAUGUGAUAAACGACUAUUCUCUAGGUA